AUGGGUGCCUGGUUAUUUAUUUUUGCUGUUAUAGCAAACUGUAUCAAUUUAUUUGGACAAGUUCAUUUCACUAUAUUAUAUGCUGAUUUAGAAGCAGAUUAUAUCAACCCAAUUGAAUUAUGCUCAAAAGUGAAUAAGUUAAUCAUGCCAGAAGCCGCUUUACAUGCAUUCAUAAGUUUAUUAUUUUUAGUAAACGGGUACUGGUUCGUCUUUUUGGUAAACUUACCAGUUUUAGCCUAUAACUUGAACAAAAUUUACACUAAAGUUCAAUUAUUAGAUGCUACUGAAAUUUUCAGGACCUUAGGUAAACAUAAGAGAGAGAGUUUCUUGAAAUUAGGUUUCCAUCUAUUGAUGUUCUUCUUCUACUUAUACAGAAUGAUCAUGGCUUUAAUCGAUGAAGGUGGUAACGACUAUUAG